UCUUCUUUACUUUCGUCUCUCCAACAAACAAAAACCUGAAAAAUGAGAACAUAUUAAGGAAAUCGCCGCUCUGAUUUGCCCUUUUCCAUCCUUUGUUUCGUCGUUGUCUCCUUAAAUCGCCUUUAAGCGCUUCUCUUUCUUAGUCUCUUUUAGCUCUCUCAUGGCAUCUCUCCUCUCAACGUUUCAGGUUGGGUUUAAAGUAUCAUGAAUGAGGUGAUGAGGAACUUAGCGAGAUAUCCGGCCUUAAAUUGCAUGCACUAUUAGACUUUUCUCUAUAAGUUGGUGAUUCUGUCUGUUUUUUCAUUUAAAUAAAGAGAGGUAAAGAGGGUCGCUUGAAAGGUUACUUGAUAUCAUGGGCUAUCCGAAUUCAGUGUUUUCACCAAGCGGAAGUCAGGUUGAUGACGCCCCUGUCACUGGUGGGGGUCUGAGUCAGAAUGGAAAGUUCAGCUAUGGAUAUGCAAGCUCUCCAGGAAAAAGGGCAUCAAUGGAAGAUUUUUAUGAAACCAGAAUUGAUGGUGUUGACGGGGAGAUAGUUGGGCUAUUUGGAGUAUUUGAUGGUCAUGGGGGCGCUCGAGCUGCAGAAUAUGUAAAGCAGAACCUAUUCAGUAAUUUGAUCAGCCAUCCAAAGUUCAUUUCUGAUACCAAGUCAGCUAUAGCUGAUGCCUACAGUCAUACAGACUCAGAAUUUCUCAAAUCAGAAAAUAAUCAGAAUAGAGAUGCCGGCUCGACUGCUUCCACUGCGAUUCUGGUUGGUGAUCGUUUGCUAGUUGCAAAUGUUGGGGAUUCCAGAGCUGUUAUUUGUAGGGGUGGAAAUGCUAUAGCCGUUUCACGAGAUCACAAGCCAGAUCAAACUGAUGAACGACAGCGGAUUGAGGAAGCUGGAGGAUUUGUGAUGUGGGCUGGCACUUGGAGAGUGGGUGGUGUUCUUGCUGUCUCUCGUGCAUUCGGUGAUAGGCUUUUGAAGCAGUAUGUUGUUGCCGACCCCGAAAUUCAGGAAGAAGUGAUUGACAACUCCCUGGAAUUUCUCAUCCUUGCAAGUGAUGGACUGUGGGAUGUCGUCACAAAUCAGGAGGCUGUUUCUAUGAUUAAGUCUAUAGAGGAUCCAGAAGAGGCUGCCAAAAGGCUGCUGCAAGAAGCAUACCACAGAGGAAGUGCAGAUAAUAUUACUUGUGUUGUUGUCCGUUUCUUGGCAGAUCAGGGGGAACCUUCUCGUAUUGGUCAGAGGAAAGGUGGACCUGCUAAUAGCAGCAGCUCUGGGUGAACCAAUGUCAAAUGUUUAUAUGUUACAAGACAAAGAAACUACUCUCAGGUUGAGAAUGUGACUCCAUAUCAGCCGCUUGUGUAACUCAGUUUAUAGUGAAUCCUUCUCUUAGUUUCUUGAUAUAGAUAGGUAUGGUGGUGUGUGAAUCUGUAAAGACUCAAGUUUUCUGUAACUACUUUAUAAAUAACCUUUUUUUC